GUAGUGAGUAAAUACUACACGUACACCAUGGGCAGACAACCACAUGUACUAGUUCUACCAUUCCCGGGGCAAGGACAUAUAGUGCCUAUUAUGAAGUUCGCCAUCCAAAUUGCAGCUCAAGGUGUAAAAGUCACCUUUGUCAAUACAGAAUUCGUACAUGCAAAAAUGAUGGCUUCAUUACCAGAGAAAGCUGAGGAGCGGAGCCUGAUAAACUUUGUCUCACUUCCUGAUGGAUUAGAAUUGGAGGAUGAUCGAGCUGAUCUUGUUAAAUUGACAGAAUCUGUACACAGAACUAUGCCAGGCUAUUUAGAGGACUUCAUACUGAAGAUGUCAAAUAUCAAUGAACAGAUCACUUGUGUCAUAGCUGAUACAGCAGUUGGCUGGGCACAUGAAAUGGCCAAGAAACUGGGAAUCGAAGCAGUUGCAUUUUGGCCUUCUGCAGGAGCAGGCUUGGCUUUCUCAAUACAUAUUCCACAACUUCUUGAGGCUGGACUUAUAAGUAAAGAUGGAACCUUAAUGACAGAUGAACCAAUCUCGUUGUCAAAGGAUCUCCCACCCUGGACCAGCUCUGAUAUUGGAAGCGAUCCACUGAUUCAGAAGCUUGUAUUUGAAUUUUGUUAUUUUGUCUCAAAGUAUGCCAAAUUUCAUGACUGGAUAGUUUGCAACUCAAAUUACGAACUGGAGUCAGCGGCCCUGCAAUUGAUUCCCAACAUCUUGCCCAUUGGCCCAUUACUCUCAGGUAACCAUUUGACUACUACUUUCGUUGGAAACUUAUGGCCCGAAGACUCAACAUGCUUAGAAUGGCUCGAUAAGCAAUCUUCAGCUUCUGUCAUUUUUGUUGCAUUUGGUAGCACAACAACGUUAAGCGCGCAACAAGUGCAAGAGCUAGCACUUGGUCUAGAACUCACUGGCCAACCAUUUUUAUGGGUUGUUCGAUCUGAAAUUAUGAGUGGAUCACUUGCUAAAUUCCCAGAUGGAUUCAUAGAUAGAGUAGCCGAACGAGCAAAAUUUGUUGAAUGGGCGCCUCAGGAAAAGGUGUUAGCUCACCCUUCGGUUGCUUGUUUCAUGAGCCACUGUGGAUGGAAUUCCAUCCUGGAGGGUCUGGGGGUACCCUUCCUAUGUUGGCCUUACUUUGCAGAUCAUUUCUAUAACAAGAAGUGCAUUUGUGAUGUUUGGAAGUUUGGUUUAGGGUUUAUUGAAGAUGAAAAUGGAAUCAUAACCAGGCAUGAAAUAAGUACAAAGAUCAAGACAUUACUCUCUUCUGAUGAUCUAAAAGCAAAUGCGCUGCAUAUGAAGGAACUUGCUAGAAAGAGUUGCGAUGAAGGUGGGUCUUCUUUCAGGAACUUGAAGAAGUUUAUUGAACAUAUUAAGAGCCUUUAGACCUGCCUGCCUGAUCGUUUCAGAAGUACUGCAUGGAGAGAAGACACAUUCUGCCAUAGUGAUCUGUACUGCUGGAUUAAUCCCCUUAACUGAAGAUGUAAUAAAUUGUUUGAAUUUCCUUUGAUUAAUCAUAAAUAUGCUUUCUUUCAAUGGUUUGGCCAAGCCUGCGUUGAUAGGGAGCAUUCUCUGUUUCCUUCUUGUUUUAAGAAAAUUUGAAGCGUGUGACGUGGUUUGGUUUUAUUUGGAUUUUCCUUUUAUCCAAAGCUGUAAUCUUGAAUUUUAAUGAACACAUUCGUAUGGAUUUUAA